AUGAGUUCAGAAGAAUCUGGUGAAGGACCCGGCCCUUCAACGUCAAGUGGAAAGAGACGUCGCCGACCCAUAAUAAACGUAGCAGGCCCAUCUUCUGGAGCACCUUUAACGACACCAGUAAAAAAGAGAAAAACUUUGUCGGUCGGGGAAGAAGAGAUUAUUAUUAAUAGGCGUAUCCAUGCUAACAUCAAUGUUUGCGGUCAUUCACCCCAAACAGCUCUACCUACUCCGACCACUGCUAAUGAGGCAAGGAUGGAUUAUACCGGACUAACCACCCGUGGCAAAGGAUCGUGUUUGCCAAGUUUGCCACAUGUUCCUGGUGAUGAAGGAGUAGGCGAAGUUGUGGAGAUCGGCAAACAAGUUUGUACAGUAAAGCCUGGUAAUAGGGUUGUUUUAACAUCCAGGCUUUUAGGUACUUGGCGAUAUUAUGGCAUAUAUCACGAAAGAGAUGUUCAUAUUAUAUCGCCAAAUAUUCCUUUACCUGAAGCCUCAAUGCUCACAGCAGCGCCCUGUAUAGCUUACAGAAUGAUCAAGGAUUAUCGGCGAAUAUAUCCAGGGGAAACAAUUCUUCAAAAUGCUGCAAAUAGCCCAUGUGGUCAAUGUGUUAUUCAACUCUGCAAAGCUUGGGGAAUUAAUACCUUUAACAUCGUCUCUAAUCGCAAUGGAUACAGGGCAAUGAAACAAUAUUUAUUAAAUCUAGGAGCCACUGCAGUUUAUACACUCGAAGAAGCUGAAGAGUUGACAUCUUUUAAUACAUCGUUGUCACGACCAGUGUUGGCGUUUAACUGUUUGGGUGGCAGAUACGAAGAUGUUAUAUUGAAAUUAUUAGAGCGUUGUGGAGUUAUCGUUUACCAUGGUUUUGCGUAUGAUUUACCAUUAGCAAAACAGUUAUUACGUCGUGAUGCUAAAUUCUAUAAAUUUCGAUUAAGUGAUUGGGAUCUACUUUCUACUAAUGUUCAGAGAAGUGUAAUGAUCAAUCAAAUAAUACAACUUAUGGUUGUAGGUAAAUUAAAGGCGCCUUUAUAUGAACCAGUUCUACUUAGAAAUUACGUUCAUGCACUUAAAAAUACUGUUCACUGUGAAGCGUUUUCAAAUGUUAAUUAUGUAUUUGAUUUCACUAUACCAUAG